UCCGGCGGUUCUGUCUCGAUUGGUCUAGUGAUUCAUUUUCGAAGUUUCCAGCAGCCAAUCCAAGGUUUGGGGUGGCAUUUGAAGUGUUGCUCCGCGGAACUCACUGGUAGACCCCAGGACACCUUUUUGCUGCAGCUCUGUCUCGCCAGGGUCAUUUAGGGCUGGCCGUGUUUUUUCCGGGAUCCACGGAGGUCUCCCUGCGCCGUUCGAAAGCACGAGGGUGAGGCCCGGAGGGAGCGGUACCCACGUCACACGUGGUCCACGGCUCGUGGGUAUCCCUCCGCGGGGGCGUGGCCGCGGUUUGAAUUUGCUGGCGGGCAAGUGAAGCUUGACCGCUUCGGCCGGACGUGGUGUGUCUGGUGUGCAGCGGCCGGCAGGAGGCCAGCCCGGCUCCCUUCCCCGGCCUCUGGUGCUCUCUGAAACGGAGCCUCCGCGACGCUUGUCGUAGUCGUCCGAGGGAACGCGCAGGGUCCUGGGCGGGAGAGAUGGAUGCGAGUUCACACGACAAGCCUCUCUCUGAAUCCAAGGAGUGUGUCCUUAAUAAUUCUGAAAAUGACGUUUUUAGAUUGGGAACUGAACCGUUUGUGACUCCUCAGAAGCAUGUAGCAGAUGCGACUCCUAAUCUUUGCACCCCUGAUACCUUUAAGUCACCUUUGGACUUCACCACAGUAACCGUAGAGCAGUUGGGAAUUACACCUGAAAGCUUUGUUAAGACCUCUUCCGGAAAGUCAACAUCUUCCCUUCAGAAGGCCAGGCGCCGCUCCACUGUUGGUGUGCGGGGCUCUCCAGAAACCAAUUGCCUGAUCCGAUUCAUUGCCCAGCAGCGAAACCUAAAGAAGGCUGUGCUCUCUCCGUUGGCACGAGAGCCCCACUUCGAGGGUAGCCCAAGACUGUAUCGAAAUGCCAGUGUUUUAAGAGAGCGAAUGUCUGCUUUUCGGUCAGCUUUUCACUCCAUACAGGAAACUAAGAUGGCCAGCAGUCCCUCAGCAGCAGAGGCAGACGGAGAGUCUAGGAUAUCAGAUUUGACCAGAAAAGAAGAUCUUCUUGAAUAUCAGCAGUCUGGGUUCCCUGUAAACUCCUCUUCAAAGCGGAGGAGAAUAUCCUCCCAGGACAGCCCUGACAAUUAUCUCAGUGGCACCAAAGCCCUUGCUGACGAAGCGUGUGCUGGGGGUGCCUCCACAGAUCUUGCUGAGUCACCUGACAUCGGUUCCGCCCAGCCGGGAUGCAUGGCUGCUCCCCUUCCAGAGCUCAGGGAGACUUCCCAGGGACUUGCAGUGACUGACUGUGUAGAGGGCCCUGUAACACCACUGAGCUCAGGCACAGCCACUGCCACCAGGUCUCCAGAGACUCCUAUGUGCGGGAGCAGCAGCCCCUCCGCUAAGACCACCGCCACCAGGUCUCCAGCGACUCCUGUAUGUGGAAGCAGCACCCCCUCCGCUAAGACCUUUGUGCUUCGUUCUGUGUUGAAGAAACCUGGUAAGCUGUUCUCAGAGAAUGGAAAGGAAUCCAACCUCUGUGAUGACGGGGCUCAUCUGAUCUCAUAUCCUUCAAACUCUUGCAAGGAAGGAAGAGCAGGUAGAGAAAACUGUAAAACACCAGGCUGUCUGAAUCCGAGGAAGAGGAAGAGAGUUACUUUUGGAGAGGACUUAAGCCCUGAAGUGUUUGAUGAGUCUUUACCAGCCAAUACUCCAUUGUGCAAAGGAGGAACACCUGUUCGCCCAAGGACCGUAAAAACUACCAGUCCCCUGCAGUCCCCCGUUCAUGAGCAGUUUCUUCAGCCAAACUUUGAUGACAAGGAGGAGAACCUUGAAAACAUAGAGCCACCUCAGGGAUCAUUUGCAAAUCUGAGUCUUAGUAAAUCCUCACUCUCUGAGACUCCUCCAGGCACUAACACUUGCAGUUCUUUAAAUAAAGAUGAAGAAAUAAUCUGCAGUAUUGUUAGACCUACACGGACCUCUCAAAGAAGAAAGCAGACGCUGAGUUCUACAGGUGUUUGCAGCUCAUAUACUACACAAGCUGAGCCCCGUAAAGAGAAGAUGAGCAGGAGGAAAUCUCGAGAAAAAAAGCACACAAGCGCGGCACUUCCUAAAAAGAAACAGGUUUUAAAAAGUUACAGAAAAAAGAAAAAGGGGAAAAAAGAUGUUGAAAAAUGCUUUUAUGGGCCAAGAGACAUUGCAUCGAAGAAGCCACUCCUGAGCCCUAUUCCUGAGCUGCCUGAAGUCUCUGAAGCGACUCCUCUGGCUGACUGCACGCAGGGGACGAGCUCAGAUGAUUUCAACAAAUGUGGUCAGCUGGAAGAAGUGAACUCGUUUGAAAUUCCCACACAACGGAAGAGACGCUUACCACAGAAGGCAGAUUCGCCUGAGCUGGACCCAGCUCAUCAUCAGUCUCAGGUCUCUGACAAGUGCUGCUACCUGUUGCCUCUCACUACUGCUUCUGAGCGAGGGCCAAAUGCCAGUACCAGAGACACAGGCAGUGAAGGGAACACCAGAGCGGAGAGUAAGUGUCAAAGUGCAAAGGAGCCAAAACCCGGGACCAAGAUGGAAAGCGGUCUUGUGCCUCGGGCUUCUGUGACCCAAGAUCACAUCGUGUCCAAGAAUCCAAAACCUCUGGGCAGCCCUCAGAGCCAGGACCUUUUCAAGGCUGGUCAAAAUUUGGAAAAUCCUUGUGAGAUCCUUAUUGUUUCAGAAAGUAUGAAUCUAAAGUGUGAGAAAGAGAGUGAAUGCUUAGCUCCACAGGGGAGUCUGCAGGGCAGCCCUGUCUCUACUGACUCAAAAAGAGACCUUAACUGUUCAGAAGAUGUCCUCAUUCAAAAUAUAAAAGAACCCGCAAGCCACAGUGAGAAUGUGGGAAGGAAAUGUGCAGGGAAUGGCAGCCCUGGCAGUGGGAGAGAGAGGAAAUGGAGAAGACGCACAGUGUGUUGUGGGGGUCAGAGUUCAUACCUGGAACAAAAUGGGAACCCUGCGUCUUCCUGCAGUGGGGAAAACUUUGUGGAAAUUAGUUUAGAAAGCGUGCAGCUGAUUGAAGAGCUGUCUAACACCAUAGAGCAAAGCUUUCAGAGAACAAGCAGUAAAACCAAGGUGAGACGCAGCACAAGGCUCCAGAGAGACUUGGAAAAUACAGGGCUUGUGUGGCUGUCUCCAAGUCCUUCCACUUUGCAGAAGCCCAGAAGGAGAAUGACGAUCUGCACCUUAGACAGCAGGGGAUUUGAAUGUCCAUCCUCCAAAGAAGAGACCAUAUCCUCAGGACAAAACCCAGGGCCGCUGCCCGCUGUCUCGGGCAGUGAGAGCCAGGGUGUUGGUUCUUCUGCGCUACCUAGGAAGAGGAGAAGCCUUUGUGGGUCUACCCUCACAGAUGCUAACAGUGCCACCCAGCCACCAGACUGCAAGAGAAAACCCUCGCUCAAGGGAGAAAGCGCUCAGCUGCCCUGAGGGGGCUGGGCCCAGGAGAACAAAGGCAGGAACAGACAAUCCCACCUGGCAUUGGCUCUUAGGGAAGAGGACCCAGCUUCCUGUAGGCCGCUUCAGUGCAUUGCACAUUUCUAAUAAAAAUCAUUUGAGUUAUGAUGACUUUAAGUAGAAAUACAUUAAUUUCUUUCUUCUCCCUCUAAAUAUAUUUGUUUGUCUUUUUGUUUUGCCUUUGUUUUGUUAAAGCAUUCCUUUCUAGAUCCAGCAAUGUGUUUCUGCAGUUUUAUUCCUUUUACCAUUUACCACUAAAGGCUUUGGCUGUUCUGGAAAAGGACCUUUAGAAUGACUUAUUCUUUUCUUUGGGUUAAAUUGACCAGCUUUGAUGACUUCAUUGUCUGUCUCAAAUCAGAGUUUUCCUUUGCUAAUUAAGUGACAAUGAGGCCCUGUAUUUGAAAUUUUAAUUCAUUGACUGGAACUCUAUAGAGAAACUAUUGUAAAUGAAUAUGUAAUUAAACAUAACUGUGCAGUCAUCCUUCCAGAUUGUUCAAAUCGGUCACAGGUAAUCUGAGUUUCAUUCAUUGUUUCCUGUUACGUUUACAUUUGAGAAGUAGAAACUUAGAAGUGCUCCAGGAAAUGUGUUUACCCACAUGAAGCUUGGUGUAGUUGCCGAUUUCUUCUAAGCGUCUCCCUGCACUUGAACUUUGUAUCCUAAUAUCUAGUCUAUUGCUUGCCUGCUCCCUCAGCGCUAAGCCUUCUACAACCUCCUAGUCUCGGUGGCAGCAAUUUAAAUAUCUAAACCACCAGUAGACCUAGAAUCUGCAAAUCUUAUCAUUAAACAAUGGCCCCAGAAAUCCUUUAAAUCAUUAGCUGUCCUUCAGCCUGAUAGCAGAAACAUGUUAACAAAUAGAGCUCCCUAUAAAUAACACACCAGGGAAGAAAGCUCCUGCUGGGCGGCCCAUUUCCCCCUCAGAGGUGGAGCUAUUUGUUACCGCCUUGGCACCGCCAGGUCUGGAGCCCCUGCCGGGAAGGACUGAUGUAUUUUACAUUAACAGGCAAAGUGAGCCCCAACUUCUUCUGCUCAGGGGCGACUUGUCCAAAACUUUCUUUUAUCUCUACAAAAUCAUUUAUGUGCUUUUCUCUCCUGUGUGUGUAGUCACUAAGUCAGGACCACUAAACACACCAAAAAGAGAACGAGUUAACUUGUUUAGAAAUGUUUUAGGUUGAGUGAGUUUUAAAAAGGGUGGAGAGUCCCAAACCCAGACUUAGCAGCAUGUGUAAAAGGCCUUAGGCUCUCAGGACAGUUUUAGUGUUCACUGAUUGCUAUUUGCCUCUUUCUCUGUUACGGCUUUGUUAACUCAGCUGCAUCUGAUGGGCAACAGUUUACAAACUCGAUUCUCAAAGUUCUGGCUGAUUGUGGUUCAGUUUGUCUAAUGUCAACUUGGUACCUACAGUAAAACUGUAAGUCCACUCGACAAAUUAUGUUCAUUCUAAAAUGUUUCAUUAUUAAUGAAUGGCUUGGCUGAUAUUUAUAGACGUCCCUUAAACCAGUGGUUCUCAACCUUCCUAGUGCUGCAACCCUUUAAUACAGUUCCUCAUGUUGUGGUCACCCGCCCCCAUAACCAUACAAUUCUUAAUGUCUUGUUACUUCAUAGCUAAUUUUGCUACUGUUGUGAAUCAUAAAUUUUGUUUUCCAAUGGUCUUAGGUGACCCCUGUGAAAGGGUUGUUCAUCCCCAAAGGGGUUGUGACCCACAGGUUGAGAACCACUGCCUUAGUUUCUUAAAGAAUAUUAAGGGGCCUAAUCUACCAUAUCUCGCCCGUAUCAGAUGCUUAGUGUAAAGUUAACUUCUGUGUCUGAUCACAGUUGCUACAUCCAUCCCCUCCCUCAUGUCUUUUCAUUAAUGGUAAACCGAAAAUGCUAUUUCUUUGCUUUAAAUCUUUUUUUUUCUAGAAGUAGCUAACCCUGGAUGCUUACCUUAGACUGUCUCUGGUCUUCCUUGAUUCUGUCCUUGCAGAUAUUCUCAUUUCUUCCAGAAGAUGGCAGUGUGGUUCCUGCAAUUUUCCUUCCCUGGGCAAACAUGAAGGCCAGGGCUGCUUGUACCUACUGUGGCUUGAACUUCUCUUAUAUUUUCCCUCAGUUUUUAUCAGAAAUUGAUGAGUAUGUGUGGGGAAAUCAGAGGACAAAUAAUUUAAAUGAAGUAUAAACAACUUUCUGUGUACAGAAACUCAGCUGUCAUGCCUCUUCCAGACAUCUUGUGCCCAUCAAGUGUGGUUUGCCAGUGUUGUCUAUACAUGCAUGCAUACACACACACACAUGUAUUACGUAUGUAUGGAUACAUUAGAUAGAUAGAUAGAUAGAUAGAUAGAUAGAUGUUAAUUUGCAGCCUCUACUCCACAGAGUCUCAUGACUGUCAGUGUUACUGAGGACAGCCCUGUUGCCCUCAGUCUCUCAGCCUUAUGUGGAAUUAUUGCCUUUGGACAAAUGAGGAUGUGAGUUGUUUCCUUCUUUUUGGUUCUAGGAGUUGAUGACAGAGCUGAAGUGAUAGCUAGAUUCUCUUCUGUAGAUUCUGGAAAGUUCCUCUGACAUAGAGCUAGCAUCUCAAGUAAACCAGCUUACAAAUGCUGACCUUUUGAAAAGAACAUACUGUUUGAACUUUGGAAAAUGUAUAUGGUUACACACCACCUUGACGUCAGAGUAAUAUCAUGUCUGACAACCCAACCCUCACCCCUAGCUCUUACAGCUAAUGAUUUGAAUUCAGUUGUACUUUUUGCUUUUUUUAGAAUGUCACAGAAAAGGAAUCUCAGAUGAUUGAUUGAUUGGUCAAUCGUUUGUGCCUAUGUUUUAAACAGCAUAAUGCUUUUGAGAUUUAUCUGUGUUCCAUGUUGUAAAUGGUUCCUGCUUAUUGCUGGAUGUCACUUCACUCUGCAUAUUUAGGUUAUAAGAUUUGGGGCUUUGUUAAGGAUAAAGUUAUAUACUGUUCAAAUGUUUCUUUUUACAAAUACACAUUCCCGUUCAUCAUGGAGACUUACUUAGAGCUAGAAUCUUGAUUUGUGUCUCUCAGUGGCUGGUAACGAACAUUUCCCUCUGUUUGCUGUCCUUGUGCCCUUGUCUGUUGGGGUGUCUUACCCAGGAUGUUUGUUAUUAGUACUGAGUUGAAAGUUUGUUGCAUACUUUUUGCAUUUUUGCAUACAACUCCUUUACUAAGUUUUUUCUUACUAAUAUUUUCCCCAUUCCAUGGCUUAUUUUUUUGUCUGUUUUCUUGGUAUUAUCACUUUAAGAAAAGGUUUUCAUUUUGUUGAAGUUUGAAUUUAUUUAUUUUUCUUUUCUUCUUUUCUUUAAUGAUUCAUGUCUUUUGUGUCCUAAGGAUAGCCAGGCAUGGUGUUUCAUGUCAGUAAUCUCAGCACUGGAGAGGCAGCAAUUAUUGUGAGUUCAAAGGUAGCCUAGGAUAUUUAGUGAGUUCUAAUCUUUUCCUGUCUGUCUCAAAAGACAAAAAGAUAAAAAAAAGACAUUUCCCCAGAUCAAGAGCACAAAGAUUUUUCUAGAAGUUUCAUGGUUAUAUUUCUUGAUUCGGUUUUCUAUCUACUUGGAGUUCAUUUCUGUGUGCCAUAGAUGCUGGAGUGGCCUUUUGUUUAAGUGGAAAUCAGCAGGCACCAUUUGUUUAAAAGCUCAUCUGUUCAUUAAAUUGUGUCAAUACCUUUGCUGAAA